ACUUCUUUACGAUCUGCGGCGCUCCUCCGCGUUGAGUGCCGCCCGCGGUGCUCGGGUUCCUCCUCCCUGUUGCUUGCUGGAUGGGAGAUGGGCUGAGGCGGAGAAGGGCGACCCUCAGCAACAGCCAGUCGGCAACAGAGGCCACACACUGCGGCUAGGAGUUCUUGCUUGCCCUCCGUCCUCAGCUUUUUCGGCCCGGGCAGGCCAGGGAAUGUCCCGGCGGCGCCAUGCCUUACGUGGACCGGCAGAACCGCAUCUGUGGCUUCUUGGACAUCGAGGAGCACGAGAGCAGCGGCAAGUUCCUGCGCCGCUACUUCAUCUUGGACACGCAACAGGGCAGCUUGGUCUGGUUCAUGGACAACCCGCAGAAUCUUCCGGUCGGCGCGGAUUGCGUCGGCUCCCUGAAGCUGACUUACAUUUCAAAGGUCAGCGAUGCCACUAAGUUGAGGCCAAAGGCAGAGUUCUGUUUUGUCAUCAAUGCUGGGAUGAGGAAGAUCUUCCUGCAGGCCAACGAUCAGCAGGACCUGGUGGACUGGGUCAACGCGCUCAAUAAAGCCACCAAGAUCACGGUUCCCAAAGCCUCCGACGGUCAGCAGAAUUCCGAGAACCACAAGUCUUUGCUGGAUGCCGUGGGACCCAAGAAACAAGUGUCGUAUAAAACGGAGAUCAUAGGAGGGGUUCCCAUCGUCACCCAGACGCAGCAUGAAGGUGGCGACGGAGCCGAACGAGCAGAACGUGAGGCCAUGCAGCGCUCGCACAGCCAGUUGCCCUACUUCCUGGGCAGGCCCACCCAGGACCACACGGUCAUCAAGUCGGGCUACUGCGUCAAGCAAGGCGCCGUGAUGAGGAACUGGAAACGGCGAUAUUUUCUCUUGGAGGAAAACUCCAUGAGCUACUUCAAGUCCGAUCUGGAGAAAGAGCCGCUCAGGAUGAUCCCGCUGAAGGAGGUUCACAAAGUGCAGGAGUGCAAACAGAGUGACAUUAUGAUGCGUGACAAUCUGUUCGAGGUAGUCACCACGUCCAGGACAUUUUACAUACAGGCUGACAGUCCUGAGGAGAUGCACAGCUGGAUCAAGGCCGUCUCGGGGGCCAUCGUGGCCCAGCGGGGACCCGGGAGGUCCGCUGCUACAAUGCGGCAGGCCAGACGGCUGUCGAACCCCUGUAUACAGAGGUAUACGUCUCGAAUUGGGGAGUGCAGCAGCACCCUGCUGCAGCUGUGCACCUGUCUUAGAUGUGUGACUUCCUGCUUGUGUCUCCUCCUCCCUCCUGUCCGAAGCCUGAGCACAGCGGCCGCUCCACAUUCUACCGCAGCACCGCGGGCCCCCCCGUCCCUCGCUCGCCCGUAUCCGCCGCGCCACCAAGCCAGCCCGAUUGGGGUGACGCCGACGCCGGCGCGUGCGGCCCACGCUCGCAGCCUGGCGUGGGACAGCGAGCACUUCAUGAGCCUGCUGCCCCGGCCCGCUCACAGCCGCACGCCGGCCCGCCUCUCCCUGCAGGAGACCCGCCUGGCAAAGUGAGCCCGUGCGGCGAGGAGUCGCCGUGGCGCCGGCGGAGCGCCAUGGAGCCACACGUGACCGAGCCGCCCUUGGACCUGGACGACGCCGAAUUGCCGGUGAGCGAGGUCUGAGCGGGAUUUUCCAAACGGCUGACCCAACAAGGAAGCUUUUCUGUGGAGACGAGGCGGCCGUCGCUGAACUUUUAAGCUCCUCCCUUUCCGGUGCUGUCCGUGCUCACACACACACACACACACACACACACACACACACACACACAAAUGUUGGGUAAUCCUCUGAACUUGUGUGCCAAAGAUGACCCAGUCUUCACCCGCAGUCAAUCUGCUCAUCUAUUUACUGUGUCAUAUUUAUUUGGCAAGCUAAAUGAAUUAUGGAGUCUUUUCACGGUGAUGUCAGACCACUUUAGCUCAGUCUUUUCCUGAACUUACCUUCAUACCUAAGAUUUCUUUUCUUUCACUUAAUCACCCAAAAAACGGACCGUUUGUCUAGUAUGUUUUUUAAUAAUGGGGAGGGGGCUUUGCAACCUACAAUUUUUUUAAUCUGGCCUACCAAACUAUAAUAUUUAUUAAACAAUUAUCUUAUUGAUUAACUUAUACAUGUUAUUUUUUAAAAUCAUUUAUGAAAUGUCAGAAUGGAUUAGUUAUUAAUUGUAAAUAAAAACAAGUAAAAUAACUGAUCAUUUUAAUUUUAUGUCGCUCAUGGGGGGAAAAAAAAAAGGUUCCAAAGUGGUCCGGCGUCAUUGUCAAAAGAGGUCUUGGUAUCUUUAAGGUUUUGGAGACUGCAUUUAGCUUCGCACGGACGCGCCGCUUUGACCACUAAGUGCCAAGAAUAAAAGGGAGCAUUUAGGGAUCACAAAAAAAAACAAGAGGACUGACUCAACCUGUCUCUCUAAUGGACUGAGGAUGAAUAAGCUGUGUGGUUCGUACACUCUCUUAACACUGGAUUGAACCCAGGUUUCGUUUUACCAGUGUCACUCUUAAGCUCGCUGUUUUGAUUUGUUAAGCAUAGAUCCCGGACUGUUUUCGGGACUACCUGCAACUAUGCCUAAUUGUAUAAUUGCUUAAGUCAUUUUUGGGCGUUUGUCAGAAAAUAAGGAAGUAAAAAUGGUGAUAGAUUACCAUAACCUGCAUCACUACACAUGCGUUGAGAAAAGAGAAAAAAAAUCAAUUUUUUUUUGUGUGAGAACAUUGUAUAGAUCAGGGGUGGGCAAACUUUUUGACUCGCGGGCCGAACUGGGUUCUAAAUUUGGACCGGAGGGCCGGACCAGGAGCAGAUGGUAUAGGCGUUGUGUGAAGUCAUAUAAGCGACCUGUAAAGGUCAUUGCAUAAAAGAUCUUGGCCUUUAGUAGGUAGUAAAGCAUGGAUAUUCCAAACAAGUUUUUUGAAAACAAAUGCAUUUAUUAACAGCAUUAAAAAAAAAAAAAAUUCACUAAAAAACUGCUAUCAGUGAUUCUCAUAAAAUACGACACUGUUAUUAUGAAUAACAAUCUCCAUCACUUCAGUGCCUGCAGGUCAGAUUAAUGAAAGAUGUUUAUCUUAUGGGAUCACAUCAAACGGCAAACAUUCUGACCAAAUAUAUCAUCUUGAAGAAUCGGUGAAAGCAUACAUCCAAAUAAAGUAAUCAAAACAGCAACACGGUGAGGGGUAUCUGAAAAUCAGAGCAGAGUUUGAACUCGCAAACACCUGGUAACAGAGGUGAGGAAACGGGAAACACUUAAGAACUUUACAGGUUAAGAUUAGUCGCAAAUAGGUGGUGCAUCAAUGUCCUUGAGCAUCCUGCAUUGUUUGAAAAUGAGAAUGGUCGCUAGUUUCAAUCCCUGCUAUGUGUACAAAUCAUAUUCAAAAUGCAUUUUUUUACAAUAAACUUGAGAGCUUCCCGUUCAUUUUCAGUGGGAACAGUGUUGUUGGUGUCCCUUUUUUGCUAGUGCGUCAUAGUCUGGAGUAAAAUUUGUUGUGGCAAUUCUUAGGCGAGAUCCGAGGUGUUGGUCCGUUUACCUUGAUCUGUGACGGGUUGAUGUUGAUGUGGCUGAACGUCACGUCGCGUACGUCGAGCCAAAUCGGCCACUCUUUUUUAAACACUCGGCACUCACUUCUUUUUUUCGGGCCACUCAUUUUAAUGGAAGGAUUCCAGGGGAAGGUUUGUGGGUGGCUUUAGCGCAAAACUGCAUCUGAAAGCUCAGUGCGCGAAUUAUAAGAAUGCUGUCGUCAAAGCCCACGCUCUAAAUUCGGGACUGAUACGAAUAGAGCGAGAGUGCGCCAAGUCCGUACUACUGAGUACGUACACGCACUUGUGAGUGUACACCGAGCUUUCUGACACGGCUUCCGGUAGUAAAUGCGCAGGUGAGCGCUGCGCCAUCUACUGGGAAAACGCAGUCAUUGCAGGCAAAAUGACCAAAAAAAAAAAAGUUUAAUAAUACAAUUUGUUCAGGGUUGGCGGGCCGGAUUAAACGGUCCCGUGGGCCGGAUGUGGCCCGCGGGCCGUAGUUUGCCCACCCCUGGUAUAGAUAGUGAUGUUACAAUAAAAUGAAAAUGACUUAAGAUAUUAGGUUAACAAUAUUAAUAAGUGUGUGUUGACGCUAACCGCGUGUGUUUGUGUGUGCUGCAGCAGCCAUAUUUGAUUUUCUGAACUGUUUCAGCAACCUCAAUUAGCUUCCCGCUAACACUAGCACACCGCAAGAGUUUGUGUUCUUUGUCAUUUUGCUGUAUUUUUUUUUUUUUUUUAAAACAGACAAAUCUUAUACGUUUUAAUGACUCCCCACAGGGAUGGGCAAAAUAAUCGAUCAAUUUUGCAGAAUUGUUGUUAUUGCAUCUUGAAGCCAUGCUCGCUUCUUGAUUCAUUGUUAGCCUAGUUUGCUAUGCUGUCUAAAGAAGCACCCACACAUUAAUUGGCCAAUUUCUAGAUUGUUUUGGAUCCAGAGCAGCUCUGUGUGUGCGUCUUUUGAUAUUAGAGUUGUGUGAUUUUAUUUGCUCUUUCUUUUUAUACAUGUUUGCGGUGUAUAUAUAGUACAUGUAGGCUUUUUUUUUUUUUUAAUUGCUUCAUUGCCAAUAUGUUACUGUAGCAGACUCAAUCUACAAUAUUCACCAUUCAACCUUGAUUCCUUUCACAGGCCAAACUAUUCCAGCCUUCAUUCCAGUCUGGUGUCAUUGCUUUGGAUUGUCUCUAUUUAUUAUGUGACGAAAUAAACACAGUGAAAAUAGG